AUGGCUACAGAUACAAUUAGUUCAAAAGUUUCCGUCGACAGUAGGUUCUUAAAUCUAUUAUUUCGACAAAGUGCGGAUCGUAAUCAAGAUCGGUAUAAAGAAGUAAUACCAGAGACUCUACCCUUCAAACAAAUAAAGGAAACACCUCUUCCAACGCGUUUGCGUGAAAUCUUAGAAAGCAGUAAUCGUAAUAUUCACGUAAAUUUAGGGUGCUUACCGUAUAUAAAUUCAGUUUACUUUAUUGUUAAUGACAAUUUAUUUAUUUGGGAUUAUGAAAAAGGAAAUGUCGAUAGUGCUAUUGCUCAUAUUGAUGUGCAUCCACUUCAAGAUCAAUAUAUUAAGAGAGUGGGACUUAUUAAUUCAACACCUCAAGGAGUAGUAUUUCAUGACAUGUCAUCAGAAAGAUAUAGAACAGAUUAUAGUAAAAAAGAUAUUGGACCUAUAAUUGGUACUGAAGAAGGUCGUAUUUUUUUAAUUGAUGCUGGUGAACUUUGUGAAUUAUUGUAUGAGGAUGAAGGAUGGUUUUCUAAAGCUUGUCGUUUACAAGAUAUUUCUGCUAGUUCAUUUAAUCAAUAUUUUCGAUGGGCUAAUCCAUAUUCUUCUGGUUUUAAGUCUAUUGCAAUUGAUGACACUCGGCGAAUGUUAUAUGCAUGUUCUUCUACUCAUAUAGAGGCAUAUUAUGUACCUAAAGGAGGAGCAUCUCCAAGAGCAAUUGGAAAAUAUUCAAUUAGUGAUGAUAAAUCAAUACUUAAAGGUGAAUUUGUAUCUUUGCAUUCGAUAUUAAAUACUGAUUCACCAUAUUUUUGGUUAAUUGCUACAACAAGCACAGGACAACGAGGAUAUUUUACUUGUUAUAUUGGAAAUCGAGGAUACAAUUGGUGGUUAUCAACUGAAAGUGCCGCAACAUUAAAAACAAAAGAACCCAUUGGAUUAUAUUUACUAGAAGUACAUGAUCCACCUCAGACAUCAUUAUCUCAAGGUUUUCAACCAAAUAAAUCAGAGUUUUAUAAAUUUAGAUAUUUUCAUGGAAUCUUUUUUGCACUUCGGAGAGUGGGAAGUUCUUAUAUGUUAACAACUACAAUUCCUAAUCAUGGAUCAAUGUUUCGUAGAUUUAUUCAAAAUCAAGAACCUCUUUUCUCUGAACAUUCUCAUACAUAUAAUAUACCAAAUAUUUUUGAUAUUCAAGAAAUUUAUCAAAAUUUAUAUGAUCCCAAAAAAUCUGAUGAAUAUUCAAAUGAGUUGAUAAAUCAAUUUAAUUCUCCCCCCCGUAAAUUUAUUUUAUAUACUUUGAAUGAACAAAUAUCAACGAUGGCACUCCUUCUCGCUGAACCAGAAAGUCAUGCAUUUAUACAAAAUUUUGGAGUGUCAUACAAUGCAUUAUUUGAAGGUUUUGCAUUUUGUUUAGCAAGAAUUCUUCGACCUGUUUGGCGUCAAAAAAUACUAAAAUUAAAUCCUGAUAAUACAAAUCCCGAUCGUCGAGAUUCUAGUGUCCCGGAACAAAUAUUACGUGACACUACAAUGAGAUUAGCAAAAUUAAGAGGUUUUUGUGAUAGACAUCCUAUGUAUAAAUCAUCUCCCCAUAUUAUUGGAGAUACCACAACGACGCCGAGCGUCACCUUGAGCUCUUUAUAUGAUUUACUUGUCAAUCUGUCUGAUGCCAUUGAAUUUAUAUUACUCAUGAUUGAAUAUAAUUUAUCGGAAACAAUUGCAAGUCGUAAUUUAGAAAGACGAUGUCCUACAUUUUGUAAUGCUGCUGAAACUAAAAUGUAUCAGGGAUAUGAGGCAUUACAAAAGGCAAAGAAAAAUGAUGAUGAACAUACCACUCGAGAAGCUUUGCGUAAUUCACUAAAGCUUUUUUGCGAAUGUAUAGAUAUUCUGACAUAUGGAACUUUAAAUAAUUUAUGCCAAGAAUAUAAUAAUUUUGGUUUUUAUGAAGGUUCAAUCGAACUUUUAUUAAAAGCUGCACAGAGCUUUGAUUUAGCGCCGGAAAAACGAAAUUCUAUUCUUGAUCUUGUAAUUGAUACCCUUAGGGAUGCAGGUGUCUUUGUAGAUGGAGUUCAACGAAAUACACAGUCUUAUAAUCCAGUACUUCAAAAAGCUCUCAACUUAGGAACUUCCCUUAAUGAUAAAACUUUCCUUUUUGCUGUAUAUGACGAAUUCCUGAAGGCAGAUUCUAUUCCUCAAUUGUUUAACCCUCCUGCACCAUACUUAGAAGAUUAUCUAGAUUCUUCUAGUGAUUUAAUGACACCGAUUUCAAGAAAAAAAAUGGAUUUGUAUUGUGAUUUCUGUAUUACACAUAAUCAAUUUCUCAAAGCUGCCAUUGUUAAAGAACACAUUGCUAAAAAUUCUGGGAAUGAUGUUGGUCUUCAAGAUCGAUUACAUUAUUUAAGUCAUGCGGUUGGUCAAGCGGAAAGUGCUAAAGAAAUAAGUGAAACUACUGAAGUAAUUGAAACUUUAAAUAGAAUUCGUAAAGAAUUAAAGAUCGCCAAAAUUCAAUAUGAAAUAUUUGUCGCAAUAGAUAUUAUGCCUAAUGCAAAAUAUAAUGCUAUUAUGGCUUCAACAGGGAAGCCGGAUAAAUCACACGUCCUUACAUUACUUAAUCAACAACUUUUUGACGGGGAAACACUUUUGAGAGAAUUCGCUAUACCUUUCGAAUUGGUUGAAAGUGAAUUAUCUAUAGUACAUGCUAUUGAAGUUAAUCCUCGUCGAAAUGAUAUAGAUAAUAUUUGGACAAAAAUAAUACGAAAAGCAACCGAUACGGGAUCAAUUCAACCUAUAGCAGAUAUAAUAUUAGAGAGUGCUCAAAAAUUUUAUCCCCAUGAUUUACGCGUAUUCCCACUACAAACAAUUGUACGUCUUGUUGCAACAUAUUUAAUUGAUAAUCGAAUCAACGAACCUUAUUUUAUUACAAGGAUUCUGAGACAAGCGAAUGUUGCAUAUGGUGAUCUGUUCAAUACAUAUCAUCAACUUUAUUCAAAUAGGGCUGAACCCUUUAAUAAUAGUCAACCCGGAGGUGGAAUGGAACUUUUACUUAGUGAAUUGGCUUAUGUGCUUAAUCAGUGGAUUAAAUCUGCUGAUGAACGUAUACAUGGAUAUAUAUCCGAAUAUUUAACGACUGUUAGUCAUUUUGCAUUUAGACAAGAUUUGGCACAUGAAUUUUUGGAAAUACAAAGAAAACUCGAAGCAUUUUCAGCUAAUAUGUUCGAAUAA